UUCUCUGACGGCCUAUGCACGGUGUUUCCGACUAAUCAAUUCCACGUGCUGCGCCUCCUCCUCGGAUUAAUCAGUCUAAUCGAUGCCCUCGGUUUAAUCUAAUGACAUCGACCAGCUAAGCAAACAACGAGCCCAGCACAAUCACCCAAGAAUCGCACAAGAAGCCAGAGCCCAGAGGUAGCAGAAGGCGGCAGCACCAGCUAGAGAGAGAGAGAGAGAGAUAGAGAGAGAGAGAGAGAGAGAUCCCCGAAUGGCGAUGGGCGACGCGAAGCCGUCGGUGCUAAUCCCGAUGCCCAGCCGCGACCGGGACCGGGACCUGCUCGUGCCGCCCGCCGCCGUGGCCACCCACGCGUCCCCAUCCGCCCGCGCCGGCGCCGACUCCGACGACGAUGAGACCAAGCCCUCCUCCGCCUCCUCCGCCGCGCAGACCGGCCGCGAGGCGUUCCAUAAGGUUGUGCAUAGCUGGGCGUCCAAGAAGUUUAUGACCGGAUGUGUAAUCCUCUUCCCGAUUGCAGUUACAUUUUAUGUCACAUGGUGGUUCUUUUGCUUUGUGGAUGGAUUUUUCUCUCCAAUAUAUGCUCAUCUGGGAAUCAAUAUACUUGGACUCGGUUUUGUUACUUCAAUAUCAUUCAUUUUUGUGGUUGGAGUGUUCAUGUCAUCUUGGCUUGGGACCUCUAUUCUUGGUCUCGGAGAGUGGUUUAUAAAGCGAAUGCCAUUUGUUCGCCAUAUUUACAAUGCAUCUAAGCAAAUUAGUGCUGCCAUUUCACCUGAUCAAAACAAGCAUGCAUUCAAGGAAGUGGUCAUCAUUAGGCACCCUAGAAUUGGUGAAUAUGCUUUUGGAUUUAUCACUUCGGAAGUUCUCCUUCAGUGACACCACAAGUAUCUACUACGAUUAUUGCCUCAAGGGUACAAUAAGGGUGAUGACUGCCUGGCUGCACAAGUGGUGAUGGUCGCAAGGUAGUAGCAUCUAGCAUGGAAUGGUGGUAGGCAGCAUCAUGUUUGUCUAAUGAGUGGGAAACUGUAAGAAGAGAGGGAAUUGAGAGGUGGGGGCUUUUUGGGUAUAUUGGAAGAAACUAAUGAAAGUUGGACAAGUAUAACAAUAAGAAAUAAUCAGUCUUGUUAAUUACAAUGUAAAAGUUAUUCUUUGGCGGAAUUCGGUAAAUGCUCUUGGGUGAUGGUAUUUAAUUUGUCGAGUGCUUAUGUGGUAAUUGCAGAAUUUUGCCUAGGAAAAUCACUUAGAAGUAACAGGAGUUUGGGCAAUUGUCAUCAGUUGUUGUGGUACAAUCUAAAAUUCUUAACAGCAAUCAGCAGCUUUAUGAUUUGGGAAAACUGACAGUAAAACUGACACUGUCCUAAAUAAACAGUCUUCGAGUUGAACAUGUAGUUUCAGUUUGUGCAUUUGAUUCCUACAUAUAUCCAAAUGUAUUAGUAUGGUAUGUUAAAUAUGAUAUUCUCCAUGGAUAUUGUCUGCAUCUCCGAAUCAUCUAUAGCAUAGGUUAGAUGAAAGAUUCUUGGUUCAUCGCACCCUCUGGACCCAGCUCUUCCAAUUUGCAUUGAUGGUUUGCGUACCUUAGGCCAAUUAAGCUCAUAUAUGAAUAUUGUUGAUCCAUUACUUUC